AGCCAGUUGCUCGCGCCGCGGCAGAACGCAGGUAGGGGAGGGCCUGAAAUGGCGGCCUUAGGCGUGGAAUUCGGCCUCGGUUGUUGAGGUAGACGUGUGCCUUUCCCUGCGUGUGGGUGGGUGAAGCAGAGCCUGUCUGGGAGAACUGAGGCGAGGGCCCUUCCUGAGGGGGACCCGUUGAGGGAAACGUGCAAUAAGACUAAGAUGGCCUCUACUACCGACCAGCCCAUCGAGGGCACAUCUGGCAGCAGCCAAACGCGUCCGGAGAAGUUGGUUAAACCCAAGCCGUUGCUGCUGCAACUUCUGAAGUUUGCUGGUGCAGAAAAGGAUAUUUUUACUAUGAAGGAGGUAAUGUUCUAUAUUGGUCAAUAUAUUAUGUCUAAACGUUUGUAUGAUGCAAAGCAGCAACAUAUUGUCCACUGUGCAAAUGAUCUUCUGGGUGAUAUCUUUGGAGUACAGAGUUUUUCUAUAAAAGAAUACAGGCAACUACGUUUGAUGAUUUCUAAAAACCUGACAGCAGUCAGUCAGCAAGGCUCUAGUAAUUUUAACACAUCUGUGAAUCAGUCCAGGUUGCAAGUAGAAAAUGGAAAUACUAUAAAGGAAUCGGUGCAAGAAUCCAGUGAAGCCAGUUCUUCUAGGAGAAGAGCACACAGUGAAACAGAAGAAAGUCCUUUAGAAGAUAAGAAUGAUGAAAGACUGAAACGGCAUAGAUCAGACAGCAUUUCCCUAACGUUUGAUGAAAGUCUUUCAUGGUGUGUAGUAAGCGGUUUAUCUUGUGAUCUUAGCAACAUCAGCAGUUCCACAGGCUCUUCAUCAAGUUCGGAUCAUGACAGCUUAAGUGAAACAGCGGACUGGCUGGAUGAUGAUUCUGUUUCAGAUCAAUUCAGUGUUGAGUUUGAGGUUGAAUCUAUCUGUUCAGAAAACUACAGUACCAAUGAAGAAGAAUCUGAGCUUACAGAAGACGAUGAUGAGAUGUAUGAGGUAACUAUAUAUCAGACUGAAGACAGUGAUGUGGAUUCAUUUGAGGAUGAUCCUGAAAUUUCACCAGGUGAUUAUUGGAAAUGCUCCAAGUGCAAUGAAAUGAACCCACCUCUUCCACGCCAUUGCCCAAAAUGCUGGGCUCUUCAGGAAGACUGGCUUCCUGAGAAGAAGGCUGAAAAGUCUGUAGAGGGUAAAAUUGAAAAUGACACACCACUAGAUCCCGAGGAGGGCUUUGAUGUUCCUGACUGUAAGAAAGGGAAAACACCUGAAGAUGAAGUGGACAAUGACUCAGAACAGAGCUCUGACUCUCAGAAAAGUGAGGACUAUUCUCAGCCAUCUACAUCUAGCAGUAUGCUUAGUGGAAGUCAAGAAGACUAUAAAGAACCCGAGAAAGAAGAGGUUGAAGUCAAAGAAGAAAGCACUGAUUCAGUUUUACCCCUUUCUGGUGUGGAGCCCUGUGUCAUAUGCCAAACUCGGCCCAAAAAUGGUUGCAUAGUGCACGGAAGGACGGGACACCUUGUGUCAUGUUUCACUUGUGCAAAAAAGCUAAAGAAGCGGAACAAGCCUUGUUUGGUCUGCAGGCAGCCAAUUGAGAUGAUCCUGCUAACUUAUUUUUGCUAGCUGAGAUACAAGCAGAAUUGCUUCAAGAAUUCCUACAGCCCUAAAAUAAAAUUUUGUACAAAAAAUAUUGAAAGUUUACAAAAGUUUUCAUACCUUCAUCACAGGAUUUUCCUACAAGAGACUUAACAUUGCACUGAAACUGAUGGGUUUUAAUUGUAAUGUUCACAACCUCCUUUUUAGCCCCAGUAGCAAACAAUUAGCCCAAGCAAAGUGAUGUAUGGAAGCAUGGCAACAAAUGAACAGAUUUAGUGUUUGUGGUGAGAUCUUUUUAGUAGUCUUAAUUCUUCCAGUCCAAAUCUUCUGUUUCUAAAAAUUGUAUUCUUUAUUCAGAAAAGAUAUUGAAAUUACAGCAUUUUUAAAAAAGUGUACUAGCUUCUGCUGUCUUUUCAACCAUGUUUUAAGACUAGAUACAUCUUGCAUUUACAGAAAAAUUAUUUUAGUCAAAAGGCUGUAGGGCAAACACUGUGCAGAGAGACUUUUGGUGACUGACUUGGGUCACUGCAGAUAUUAUACUGAUAAUCUCUUAAUUCUGGUUAAGGGAUCAGAAGCAAACUAUGGGUAUUUCUUUCGCCUCCUCUCUGGAAUCCAUUGCACUUUAACUGGUUAUUAGCAGAAACAGAACAUUUUUCUCAAGCAUGGUUUGAAUCCAAGGUAGACUGAAGCCUGUUUAGUCUCUUUUUAAAUAAAUAUUUUACUUAAGUUUUCAAGAAUACAAAUUAACCUAGUUUCAUUCCCCCUUUUAUUUGCUUUAGCUUCUUCAUGCGUGCUACAGCCCACAGUUUUUGUUCAGUCCCUUGCAGUUUGGGGUGGCAGGUUGUGCCAAUGCAACUUUGUUAGUGUUAAUGCCAGUGUUCGUGUUAAUGCCAGUGUUCGUACAUACAUGGUUAAGGCAGGAGGAAUAAAUUUGCUCUGGGGCUAGGUAGAGAGCAGCAUUUUAAAUGAAGAGUUAACAGAUCUCCAGCACUAAAUCUCCAGUUUCCCUUUCUGGAAGCCUGCACCCUUUUGCCAGGCCUGCAACACAGACUGUUAGAAGUGUUUUUUAAUGGGGGGAAAGUAUGUUAAACAAAUUAAAUUUUGUUUUCAUCCUCAAAUAUUAUGUGAAAACUUGCUCAAAGAGCAGAUUUUUAAAUGUCUAUUCUUCGUCUCGUUGGCAAGAGACUUAACAUUCCAUUUUUGCCAGUGUAAUGGGUUUAGUUCAUUUGAACAAAACGUAAAAUAAUAAAAUUCAGUGCAAUAAAUGUACAAAAUUUGAAUUAAACAUUAACAAAUCCCCGAUUUUCAGUAAAUCUCGCUGGUUCGCUUUCUCUGACUCUGGCUUGUUACCUUCUGUAUUUAAACCAUGUGAUCAAAACAUUUUGUAUUUUAUGUUAAGGACAUGAGCCUGCUGGAUCACACCAAAGGUCCCAAUCUGGUCAGCAUCUUGUUCCCAUGGCGGCCAAGCAGGAGUUGAGCAUAGCAGUUUGCUUACUUUGGUUCCUUAUUUUUAUGCACUGUGUCCUCUUGUAUAGGGGCAGGAAUGGGUCAUGAUCUCUCCCAACUACCGGUACCUCUUUCUGUAUCAUCAGGAGGGCAUCCAAAACAAAGGUUUUGCACAUUAUAGUAAAUUGCUGAAAAUUGAUACCCUGUUCAUAGAAGUG